AUGCAGUAUCUACUCGAUGAGAGGCGUUUCGGCAAUCUUUCGACUCCGGAUUUCUUGAGAAUCCAAACAGAGUCAGUCUAUCCUAGAAUCAGGCAUUCCUCAAGGCAUUUCCCAAGCAAGAUGGCAAAUGCUGUCAACACCAUUGACGUGGACAGACGAGAUUGCCAAUUCCUACUUUCUGGAGGCUCAGAUUCGAGCAUUCAUUUAUUCAAAUGUGACUCAGGCGCAUUACAAGAGGUAUCAUCAAUACCGCGGAAGGUGGCUCAUGACUUUGGUGUAUCGCAUGUCUCGUGGUGGCCGCAGGAUGCUGGGAUGUUUGUAUCCUCUUCCUUCGAUCAUAAAAUCAAGGUCUGGGAUACGAGUACACUCGAAGAUGUUUACAGUUUUGACAUAGGAUCAAGAAUAUACAAUUUUGAUAUAUCUGACUCCAACUCCCAGCCGCUAUUAGCAUGUGGCAACGACACCCCAAUGAUCCGACUACUUGACUUGAGGAGCACAAGCACGUCUCACACUCUUUCAGGCCACAAAGGAAGAGUUCUUGCUGUGAAAUGGUCUCCAACAAACUCCAAUAUUUUGGCCUCGGGUGGAAUUGAUGGGAAUGUCCGGCUUUGGGAUGUGCGGAGGGGAAACAGUUGCAUUUACGACUUCAACGCCAAUGAUACUAUAGAAGAUGACACCAGCGAAAGCUUCGCCAUCAAGCGAAGGAAACUGUCAGAGGAUAACAGAGCCCAUGAUGGCGCUGUCAAUGGUCUCCUUUUCAAUGAAAGUGGAAACAAAAUAGUCACUUGCGGAUUGGAUGAGAAAAUCAGAGUUUGGGAUUUAACCUCUCCCUCAAGACCGCUGAACGAACUGGUCAAUUUUGGGCCUCUUGUCAGAAACAAGUUUUCACAGCAUUUGGAAAUGGCAUUGAGUCCUCGUACUGAGACCGAAAUGCAGUUUUUGUGGUUUCCCAACGACAAUGGAGAAAUUCUUGUCUUUCGAGUAAUCGAUGGUAAACUGAUUGCCAGAUUAUCCCAAGGCUCAGACGCGAAGAGGGUUACAUGCGUAAAGUACGGUGGGAAUCGAAGCUGCCGAUAUUUCUCGGGGAAUUUAGACGGGAGCUUGAAUAUAUGGUCAGAAGGGUUGGCUUCGAAGGACCGUCCAGGAAAAAUUCAGCUUCAACAGGCAGGCGAGACUGAAGAAGCAAAAAGUACGUCUCAAACUAUGGAGCCAGACAUUUUGAACCGAAUACAGGCCGAAAUUGAGGCCAAGAAAUUGGUGAAUAGCUCCGGGUAUUCGAGAAUAAACUGA